CUCUCUCUCCCUCCCUCUCUCUCUCUCGCCAAAACUUUUCCAUCCACGCCUCACUAUUCAUUCCCCUUUCCUAUACUUCGGCCAGGCGUCUCCCUUUUCCCUCUCCCUCAACUCUUUCUCGUGCUCUAAGAAGGCUAAGCAUGGAAUAUGAAGUUUGAAUGCAGUAAAAAGAAUCUGGUUGCAAAUAUUAACUUGGACAUAAACUCUAUUCUGAAACAUUGGAAAUGCCUGAUUUAUUUAUUUGUGUAUUAUCUGCAUGCAACUAGUGGCACUUAUGGCUAGCAAGACUUCUGGUGGUGCAGUAGCUAUUGAUAGGGCCAGUUUUACUGAGCAAUGUGGAUUUUUAUGUUCAUUUUCAAAAUCAAUACAUCAUAUUGGAUCCAAUCCUAUGAGCCAAAAAGUUGAGUUGAGGAAAUCAAGUAAAGGACAUUAUUUCAGUGCGAGACUUGUCUCUUCUGAAAGUUUUUGGAACAUCGAUGGAAAGCCCUAUUCUUACAUGCUCUCCAGAAAACAUAUAGUUUUAUGCUGUUCUGCUGGUACUCGUAGCAGUGAAGCUGAACAAUGUCUAAGGAACUCUGAAGAUUACACAGAUGUUUCUAGCGGUCAGCUUGAAGGUGAGCAAGCUGGAGGGAAUGCUCCUCAAUCGUGUGAUCAUCACGUCAUGCCUGGAAGCAUUUCUAGAUACUCCUCUCGAGGCUUAGCUGAAGCUUGUAAAUUUGUCUACAAUGAUGCAAAGUUUGUAAAUGAAAGGGCACGCAAUGACAUUAUCUUGCUUUCACGUGGGAUAACAAGGCUGAAUAAUCGUGCACGCCAGGAUGUUGCAGUUCUUGGAUUGGGAUUUCUGAAGCUUGAUGCUCGUGCAAGGGAGGAUACCGAGAAGAUUGACCAUGAUGUGAAGAAAAAAGCUGCUCGUUUGCACCAUAUAGCCACAAUCUUAAAGGAUAAAGCUCAGUCUAAAUUGAAGAGAGCAGCUGAUCAGCAUUGGAGUGAUGGGGCCCUAGAGGCUGACUUGCGGCGAGCUGACUUUGUUGUCAGGCGACGUGCCAUGGAAGAUGCAUUUAUGGCUCUGAAGUUUGUUAGGAACAUCCAUGACAUGAUGGUGAACAAGUUACACCAGCGGCCUCCAAAGCAAGGUUCUUUCUCUGUUAAUGAUAUGAUGGGUUUUAUUACACUCGAGAAGAAUGGAAAAGCUCUUGAUCUCUUUGCCAGGGAGGUCUCUACUGAUCGUAUUACUGCCAUAGAGGAAGCAUACUGGAGCAUGGCAUCUGCCUUGUCUGAAGCAGAUGGGAUUGACUACACCAAUCCUGAGGAGCUUGAAUUGCUAGUAGCAACUCUUAUUGAUCUUGAUGCAAUGGAUGGGAAGGGUAGUGUCUCAUUGUUGGCUGAAUGUUCAAGUUCUCCUGAUGUUAAUACAAGGCAAGCUCUAGCAAAUGCACUAGCAGCAGCCCCAUCCAUGUGGAUUCUUGGAAAUGCUGGCAUGGGGGCAUUACAAAGACUGGCCCAAGAUAGCAACCCUGCUGUUGCAGCUGCUGCAUCCAAAGCCAUCGAUGAACUGAAGCAGCAAUGGGAGCUUGAAGAGGGUGAUUGUUUGAGGUUUAUGAUGAACCAAAAUUCUCAGGCAGAGGAUAGAGACGAUAUUGAUUCGGAGGUUGACAGCUCAUAAGCAUAUAUAUAUAUAUAUAUAUAUAUAUAUAUAUAUAUAUAUAUAUAUAGAGAGAGAGAGAGAGAGAGAGAGAGAGAGUUUCCCAGGGUGACCAAGUCAACAUCCUUCAAUCACAUAAUGUGCCUAUCUGGAACACAGAAUGAUUUCUGCAUGUUAACAAAAAUUGAUAAAAGAUGUGAACUUUUGAACCUAUAUUAUAAUACCCAGUUUUACAUGCUCUGCACAAUUUUAAAGAAAA